AUGCGCACCAUACUAGCUUUAUUGGCCGUUGGGCUAGCUGCCGUUGCAGCAUCACCAACACCUGGAAGGAUUGUUGGAGGUUCGGUAACAUCCAUCAACCAAUAUCCCAUGGCCGUGUCUAUGCUCUACGCUUUCUCUGGAUCGAAUCAUCGCCAGGCUUGCGGAGGCAGCAUCCUAAACAACAGAUCUGUUCUCAGUGCCGCUCACUGCACCCACGGUGACCCAGCCAGUCGCUGGCGUAUGCGUGUAGGCUCCACGAACGCUAACAGUGGUGGUCUUGUUCUCAACUCUGCAAGAAUCAUCAACCACCCCCAGUACAAUACACGCACUACUGACAACGACGUGUGUGUUAUUCAAGCAGCAAGCAAUAUAGGCAGCAGCGCCACUAUUCGCCCCGGAAAUAUUGCUGGUGCAAACUACAACCUGCCUGAUAACGCGGCCGUUUGGGCCAUGGGAUGGGGCCGUACUUCCUUUGGAGGCCAAUCAUCUGAAGCUCUCCGCCAUGUUCAAAUCUGGGUCGUCAAUCAAGCAGUAUGUAGACAGAAUUACGCCAGUAUUGGUGGUACCAUUACUGACAACAUGUUGUGCUCCGGCUGGAUCAACGUAGGAGGUCGCGACCAGUGCCAAGGGGACUCCGGUGGUCCUCUGCUCCACAACAACGUCAUCGUCGGCGUGUGCUCCUGGGGACACGAAUGCGCUCGUCCUCGAUUCCCUGGUGUCAAUGCCCGCGUCUCUCGCUACACCAACUGGAUCCGUAACAAUGCUUAA